CUGUGUCCGCCUCAGAGCGUUCAUUCGGCCAGGCGCUGCCGCAACGGGAAGAGCGGAACCUGCGGCAUGGCGGCGGGCGAGGGCGGGGCCGAGCCGCUGCCCCCGCCCUCCCCCUUCCUGCCGGGCCCCGAGCGCGCCCUGGAAGAAGCGGCGGCCUCAGGGAAGCUGAGCCUGGCGGGCCGGCACCUGAGGCACUUCCCCGAGGGAGCGGCCCGGCGCUGGGACCUCAGCGACACCACGCAGGCGGAUCUGUCCCGAAACCGUUUUGCAGAGGUGCCUGAAGCAGCCUGCCACCUCAUGUCCUUGGAAGGGCUGACCUUGUACCACAACUGCCUGCGCAGCAUCCCUCCCGCCAUAGCCAAUCUCCAGGCCCUCACCUACCUGAACCUCAGCCGGAACCAGCUGACCUCCCUGCCCGCCUGCCUCUGCCGCUUGCCCUUGAAGGUCCUCCUCGCCAGCAACAACAAGUUGGUGAGCCUGCCUGAUGACAUCGGUGCUCUCCACAACCUCCGCCAGCUGGACGUCAGCAGCAAUGAGCUGCAGUCUCUGCCGCUCGGCCUGGGGGGCCUGGAGUCUCUUCGGGACCUCAGCAUCCGGAGGAACCAAAUCGACAGCCUGCCCGAAGAGCUGGCCGAGCUCCCACUGGUGCGGCUGGACUUUUCCUACAACCGUGUGGCUCACAUUCCUGUCUGCUACCGUCACCUGCGGUACCUGCAGUGCAUCAUCCUGGAAAACAACCCCUUGCAGUCCCCACCUGCGCAGAUCUGCGCAAAGGGCAAAGUCCACAUCUUCAAGCACCUCCACCUCGAGGCCUGCAGCAAGGCCAGGCUGGACCUGGAGGAGUUUGCCCGAGGAAGCCGCCCCACGGCCUUCGGCACGAGCCUCCUGGAGGAAUUCUACCCUCUGCGGCAGUACGGCGGCCUCGACUCAGGCUUCAACAGCGUGGACAGCGGAAGCAAGCGGUGGUCGGGAAACGAGUCGACAGACGAGUUCUCAGACCUCUCCUUCCGCAUUGCGGAGCUCACCCGGGACCCCCGGCAGCUGAAGGAGAAGCGCAACGGGGCAGCUGACGCCAAUGAUUUGGAGCAAAUCGACUAUAUUGACAGCAGCAUCAACGGGGAGGAGGAGGAAGAGGUGAGGCAGCAGAAGCCUGGGAAGAGCAGCCUUCAGAGGGCUGGCGCCGCAGAGCAGAGUCUGAGCAGCAGGGCCUCCGGGGGCAUGGCCCCGUCCCGGCUGGAGCCGUCAGGAGAGGAGCGCCGCCGUCCAGAGAUCUUGCAGUUGUGGCAGGAGAGGGAGCGCCAGCAGCAGCUGCAGCCGUCACGAGCCUUGUGGAGCCAGGGACGAGAGAAGCAAGACAGCAGUGGCCUGGCUGAGAACAGCAGCGGCGGCAGCAGCAGCCUCCCCCAGCUGAAGCAUCGCAGCCAGGGAUGCGAGCAGCUGUCUGGUUCCCCCAGACAAGCCGUCUAUCAUGCAGAUCUGUGUCAGGUGCAGAACUCCACGGCUGCCUCCCCUUCCUCCCGAGAGCCUGGUCUCACGCAGAAGCCCAGCAGCUUCCUCUUCCGCUCCUCAUCCCGGAACAGCAUCCAGCGGGGCUCCGGGCUGUCCUGGCCUGAGCCGUAUCCUGCUGAGGCCAGCCACCUGCUGAGGCUGCGUGCCGGGUCCCAGGUGCUGGACGAGAGAGAGCUGAGAGCUCAGCUGCGCAAGACCAUCGAGUCCCACCUGAAGAUCACUCUUGCUGAGGACCUGGGCGAGGCGCUGGCCAACGGAGUGAUUCUCUGCCAGCUGCUCAACCACCUGCGCCCGCGGGCUGUGCCCUUUGUCCACGUGCCCUCCCCUGCUGUGCCAAAGCUGAACACCAUCAAGAGUCGGAAGAACGUGGAGAGCUUCCUGCAGGCCUGCCGCCAGCUGGGGGUCCCAGAGGUCUCCCUCUGCUCCACCUCCGACAUCGUCCGCGGCAACACCCACGGCUUGCUCCGCCUCCUCCUCGCGUUGCCAGGCCUUGCUCCAGGGAGGGGGGCGGCUCCUUUCCCCACCGCCCCCCUGUCCGAGCACCUGCUGGGCUUUGGCAUCUUCUACGUCUCUCUCAUGUUGCUGCUGUAUCUGGGCUAUUGCAAGCUUUGUGGCUUCUGA